ACCAGUUGCACGAAGAUGACAACUUGACUACAUCAGAGGCACUGACUGCUCAACAUAUUGCGAGAUCGAUUCCAUUCCAGACUUUUCGACGCAGGGCUGGACCGCCUCUGUUGCCGCCCAUUACAGUGGGUGGUGGGAUUGAUUACUACUAGAAGGGACGGGGGCCGGGGGCCAGGGCCAGCCGCGCUUCCUCAACAUCUCACCUUGGAUCUGGAAUUGGAUACGAGCAACACGUUUAUGAACCGCGGACUUGUAUCUCACUUGAGCGCAUACUUACUCGCAAAAGAGAUAACCGCACGAACACCAUUCGAGCGGUUUCGCCGUACAAACAACAGAUAGAUUCUCACACCGCGCAUAGCCUGGAUCAGCACUUGCUAGCGUUGCCACGACAGCACAUUCCUUUCUUUCGGAGGGUUUCAUGAAGUGCGACUGAACUGGGGGAUUCGUUCUUAAGCACUGCAUUAGUAGGAGUACUAUAUCACUCGUCAACACUCGCAUCCUACCAGUAUCAUUUCGCCAAAAACACUCCGAAUCAAUCACUCCAAGACGCAUCUACAGCCACAAAGGAUUUCCGGGCCAGGAGGCAACCUCACGCCCCUAGCAAUUCUCACACCCUAAGAGUUGGGACAUCCCCGUCCAGGAUUAUUGUCUGUCCAGGACCACGCGCCCGAUCCGAUUCUGACCCGACCGCCAGGAUGCAGACCUCUUUCCAACAAGGCUACAUCACCGACCUGGUCUGCCCUCCCCCUCCACCGGGCAAAACGGCCUCUGACGUCCUUCAAACCGGGCUCGCGCUGGCUCUGGACAUGGUGCAGUCCGCCAAAACGAUGUGCACGCUCAACCCAUUCGUCCUGGACGUCACGAGCAUGCCAGCGGACCACCCGAAGCUCGUGGACACACAAGCCCUCGCCUCGAAUUUCAACGUCGACGUGAGCGCGGCCUACGCGACGAGUCAAUUUUCGCAGUACGAAAUCACCGACAAACUGCCCGUGUUCGCGGGCUACAGCACUACGCUCGUGUACCACACAGCAUUGAGGCAGACACGGGACGGCCUCGAGAGCCUGACGAACCCUGGCAACGGCGUAACGAUCCACGGGAGGUGGGUCAUCAAGGUCGCCGACAGGGGGAGCGGGAGCGACGAGGAGAAGAACAAGGCGGCCCCACCGGAGGAGAGCGAAGACGGGAAAUUCUCGCUGGGCAAUGCGAGUGGCGUCAUCAAUUUGCUCGAGACGCAGCAGACCAGGUGUAACGUCGUGUUGAGUUGGUAUAUCAAGCAGAGUUUCGACAAGAGUCAUCGCACCACGCACAGACGGUUCAAGGAGCUCUGGAGAGAGAGGAUGAAGAUGGCUUUGUACCCGGCCAAUGCGGGUUGACUUCAUCAUCAUGACGGACUUCCUUUUUGAAAGGCUGCGGGGAAGGGAGCGAGAUUGGCUCUUUGCAUGGCGAGGAGCGGCAGCGGUUGAGAUUGCCAGGGAUGAAUGACUGGUGCUGUGGUUUUUCGUAUUGCAUUUUAAUGGAAACGUGCUUUGCGCUGAACGAGGGCUGCUGCCAAGGCCGAGAUGGAAGGAUAAUUUGGUGUUUUUUUCGGCAGUAAGUGAGGAUAGGGAUUGGAGUUGUACAGCUGUAUGUGAAAGAUGGGAUAGGGGUGCUCCGAUAUACGGCAUACAUGGCUUGGGAUGUGCUGGAGCGUGGCCAAGAAUGCUGGGAUGGUGUACAUGUGCACAUCAUGUUAGCCUUCGAAAUAGCCUUGUCCGCGCAGCUCAGGCCAGGAAUAUGCACUUCGCCUUCGCCUUCGCGAUCG